UCUGUUUUUGGGACUAACGAAUUUCUGAGCAGCCUCAAGUCUCGAUUUGGUUUCGCUCUGUAUUCAUCAUGAUUAUCAACGGCAGGCACAAGAAUAAGUACGCCUGGAAACCCAACGCCGGCGUCAAAAUCAACGAGACGGAGGUCGGAGGCCGGUUCCGGCCACUGUCGGAAAUCACCGGCGUGUGCCAACGGUGCAAGGAACAGAUCGAGUGGAAGCGAAAGUACGGAAAGUACAAGACUCUAGCGGAACCGACCAAGUGCCAACGUUGUACCAAACGCAACGUCCGACAAUCCCACCACAAGCUCUGUCAGCCUUGCGCCAAGGAACACGGUGUCUGCGCCAAGUGUUGUUCUCGGAACGAGCGGAUUGUCGGGAAAGACCCGGCCGAGGCUGAAGCCGAGCAGAAGGAGCUUCAGGAGGCGAUUAAAAAUGCGAGGGAGAGGGAUAGGAGGACUCUGCUACGAGCUAUGAAUGCAGGUAAAUCUAUGAAGGGUGAGAGUGAGAAGGAAGAGAAGGGAGACAAGGCUGGGGAUUUGGCGCUCUCAGCUUCGCUAAUGGAACAUGCAGAGGCAACUAGAGAUGAUGAGGAUGAUUCUGAUGAUGAUGAAGAGGAGGAGGAGGAGGAGGAGGAGAAGGAUGAUGGUGUUUGUAAUUAGCAUAGGUGCAGCUCAAUGUACUACCAGUCUUAUUUUGGACGGAAUGAGAAUUAACCGUCUUCAACCACGAAGAUCUUGAAGAAUUUGAUAGCUUGUAGCACAAGUGCUUUCGUUUAAUGUUUACUCGUCAAUUUUGUUCUAGUGCCUGUGCACCCUGAAAAUGUUGUUAAUGUGUUUAUUUUUUUAGUUGAGUUCAAUAUAUGUUUCUAUU